UAUGCAUGUCUGUGGGUUGCAUUUAACUCCUGUGUGUGCAUUAAUGUUUUUCUCUCUGCUGAGGCUUACUUCUCCAGCCUAUUGUUUGAGACAACAGAUAUAAGUUGCGAUGGGAGAGGAGCGUCGGAUUUGGUGUGUAUCCCCCAUUUCCAAUUAUAGAUGGAUCAUUACAGACAGCGGAGUUCUGAGAAGCCAGACAUCUGCUCCUCACAUGAAUGCACUCAGCUCCUAGAGACCAGGCUGCCAUCAUGCUCUGGAAACUCGUGGAGAAUGUCAAGUACGAAGAUAUCUAUGAGGACCGUCACGAUGGCGUCCCGAGCCACAGCUCGAGGCUCUCUCAGCUGGGCUCGGUGUCCCAAGGACCCUACUCGAGCGCCCCGCCGCUGUCCCACACCCCGUCAUCGGACUUUCAGCCACCCUACUUCCCGCCCCCCUACCAGCCGCUCCCCUACCACCAGAGCCAAGACCCCUACUCCCACGUCAACGACCCCUAUUCCCUGAACCCACUGCAUCAACCCCAGCAGCACCCCUGGGGGCAACGGCAGAGACAAGAAGUGGGUUCGGAAGCCGGCUCUCUCCUGCCCCAACCUCGGGCGGCCUUGCCCCAGCUCUCGGGCCUUGAUCCCCGGAGGGACUACCACUCCGUCCGCCGGCCGGACGUGCUGCUACACUCCGCGCACCACGGCUUGGACGCGGGCAUGGGUGACAGCCUCUCAUUGCACGGCCUUGGUCAUCCCGGCAUGGAAGACGUCCAGUCAGUUGAAGAUACCAAUAACAGCGGCAUGAAUCUAUUGGACCAGUCUGUCAUUAAAAAAGUUCCGGUUCCUCCCAAAUCUGUGACUUCUCUAAUGAUGAAUAAAGAUGGCUUCUUAGGAGGCAUGUCAGUCAACACCGGCGAGGUGUUUUGCUCAGUCCCAGGCCGUUUGUCUCUGCUCAGUUCAACUUCAAAGUACAAAGUAACUGUGGGAGAAGUUCAGAGACGGCUCUCGCCCCCUGAAUGCCUCAAUGCGUCUCUCCUGGGCGGCGUCCUCAGAAGAGCCAAAUCGAAAAAUGGGGGGAGAUCUUUGCGAGAAAGGCUAGAAAAAAUCGGUUUGAAUUUACCCGCGGGCAGGCGCAAAGCAGCAAAUGUCACGUUACUCACCUCCCUGGUGGAAGGUGAAGCUGUUCACUUAGCUCGGGAUUUUGGGUAUAUUUGCGAAACAGAGUUUCCCGCUAAAGCCGUCUCUGAGUAUUUGAACCGGCAGCACACGGACCCCAGUGACCUGCACUCCCGAAAGAAUAUGCUUAUGGCCACCAAGCAACUUUGUAAAGAAUUUACGGAUCUGCUGGCGCAGGACCGGACGCCGAUAGGGAACAGCCGCCCCAGUCCCAUCCUGGAGCCGGGAAUCCAGAGCUGCCUCACGCACUUCAGCCUCAUCACGCAUGGCUUCGGCGCCCCGGCCAUUUGCGCUGCGCUCACGGCCCUGCAGAACUAUCUCACCGAGGCGCUCAAAGGCAUGGACAAGAUGUUCUUGAACAACGCCUCCACUAACAGGCACACGUCUGGGGAAGGCCCAGGUAGUAAAACUGGCGACAAGGAGGAGAAACACAGGAAAUGAAAAAAAAAUUUUUUAAAAAGAAGGAAAAAUGUUUUAAAUACAAAAGGAAAACAAAAAAAAUAAUUUUAGCUUUAAAAUAUUGGAUUGGCUUUGGAAGAAUUAUAUUAGGUAGAGUACACAUACAAUCAAAAAUUUAAAAAAAGCUAAAUAACUUAAAAAAAAAACUGAGGCGUACAACGGAGCAACAAUAUCGGUUCUCGGUGUCUAUUUCAAGAUACACUUGGAGACAACCGUCCGGAUUUUCCACUUCGGUUCUUUCGAGCUUAGUAAUACUGAUAAUAAAAGAAAACUAUGAUUUCCCUCCCCCUCCCCCCUUUUGGAAAAUAAACAUAAGACUAAACAUG